AAGCAGACACUGCAUAGCUGAUUCAACACUCAGUGACUUAUAGGAGGCCAUGACAGGUUGUUUUAACAGGGCAUCAAAAUACGUGAACAAUGGCAAAGACCUACGAUUACUUGUUUAAAUUACUUUUGAUAGGUGAUUCUGGUGUAGGUAAAACGUGUGUGUUAUUUAGAUUUUCUGAGGAUGCUUUUAACACAACUUUUAUAUCUACAAUAGGUAUAGAUUUCAAAAUACGGACCAUAGAAUUAGACGGAAAGAAGAUAAAAUUACAAAUAUGGGAUACUGCUGGUCAGGAAAGAUUCCGCACAAUUACCACUGCUUAUUACAGAGGGGCAAUGGGUAUUAUGCUUGUAUAUGAUAUUACAAAUGAGAAGAGUUUUGAGAAUAUAAAAAACUGGAUUAGAAACAUUGAAGAAAAUGCAUCAGCUGAUGUAGAGAAAAUGUUGCUAGGGAAUAAAUGUGAAUUAACUGAGAAGAGGCAGGUAACAAAAGAAAGAGGAGAACAAUUAGCUAUAGAAUAUGGAAUAAAAUUUAUGGAAACAAGUGCAAAAGCUUCUAUAAGAGUUGAGGAAGCCUUCUUCACACUUGCCAGAGAUAUAAAGACUAAGAUGGAGAAAAAAUUGGAGGCCAGCAACCCACCAAAGGGAGGUCAUCAGCUCAAGGCAUCCGAACCCAUGAGGAAGCCAACCAGUUGGUUGUCUAGAUGUUCCUUACUCUGACAGCUGUCCAGUGCUGUUUCCAUUUGGCCUCAGACUAAUGUUUCAGCAGACAGUUAUUUCACUGUAUGUUGUGAAAAAUUCUUCUGUGGGAAGUACACAAUGCAUAAAGUGAUUUUCUAACUGCUCUGACCAAAUUGUGGCUGUAUAUUUAUUUUGAGAAAGGAUUUAUGCCAUUUUUAUAAGGUAAUUCGGUCACACGUUUGAAUUGUACUCGAAUAAUUGUGUACAGUUCUGUGGAUUGAAGUAAGACUUGCUAAGCAAGUUUGUUUUUUUAUUCCCUACUUCCACCAGGGAUGAUGAUCAAAACUGUACAGAGAUGUUUUAACAGCAAGGAUUUUUUUAUACAGUACUCAUGAUUUGUUCAUAUAGUUAUAUAAUUAUGUUAAAGCAGUGGUGGCAGGAAAAUACUCAUUUUUGCUGUCAUUUGCUUAUGUUCCGGUGGCCGAGUAAUGGGGAUGGUGUUAGCCAUGACAUAUGAUUGCCUUAGAUAUAGGAAAUCAUUGCUUGUUUACUAUUUUAUACAUUUAUUUCUGAAAAUUAGAAUUGAUUUGUUUAUAAUUUAUGAAAAUGUUGUCUUGGUUCUUAAUCUUAAUUGCAAGAUAUUAAAGUGAGUAUAUUUUACUUACGAAAAAGUUACUCUUUAACUGCAGUCAUCAUUGUUUGUGUAUUUAUUCUCCCUUUCCUCUUUGGAGUCACUACUGGUCCACCAGCAACCCAAAAUUUAUAUAUAUAUCUCACUGUCUUUCUCUCUGUGUGUGUGUGUGUGUGUGUGUGUGUGUGUGUGUGUGUGUGUGUGUGUGGUUAGACAUGUUACUGUAAGCACUUCCUGUGCUGCUUUGUUUGCCAAUUAUUGCCCUGAUUUUUAAUUAGUUGAAAAAUAAAAGUAUUAUUUGUGCUAUAUUUGCUUAAAGAAAAAGCUUUAUAAAGAGAGAAGCAAUUUUUGCCUUCACAUAUUUUUGCUAAUUUGUAACUGUUGCGGGAUAAUUUAGUUAAGAAACAUUUUAUGGUGAAAAUACUUAAUUCUCAUUGACUGUGAUCAGUUGCUUGUAGGAUAAUAUUAUGUUAAAAUUUAACAUUUCACAGUACUGAACCUCAUUUUUCAGUAGGCUAUUGCCACUCAUAUAUAGUCAGAAUAAGAUGGAUGGGUGUUUUAAGUAGCACUCUUUUUGUGGGAUUAAGAAAAUUCUUAGAUUUAAGUCAUUGAAGAAUAAUUUGCAUUGUGUAAAGGCAAGUAAGACCCAGAUGCUGCAGAAUAAUUGACUUUCACUUUGUGUUACUGGUAUUUUUUCAGGUAGGUAUCUAUUGGACCUUAAUCAUGGCAACUUAAUUACUGAGGACAGAAUUUACAUUAUUACAAAACUAGUCUAAUUUGUAGUGGCAAAAACACUGCAUGUUCUGGUUCAUUGUCUACUCUUCACAAAAUACAGUCUAUUGAACAUUUUUUUUUUUUUUUUUUUUGCAUUUCUUUUAAAUAACUCUUGUAAACAUGAAUUCACUUUUCAGUUUUGAAAUGUCUUGUCAGAUUAAUGGGAAAGAAGAAAUUUCUUAACAGUUAAAAGCAUGCAUACUUGUUGCAGCAGAGAUGAAAGCUGGAAGAAAAUAAAAUUUGUGUCAUACAUGCAUAUUGGAAGUGCCAGUAAACAUUCACAUGUGAGAAUGUGCGGAUUUGCAAUGUUGUGAAUGGGAUCAUUGUAUCACAACAGCAACAGUAGAUAAGAGACCCAUAAUAAUGAACAAAGUCCUGUUUCAUAAGGGAAUUGCAUGGAAAUAGGUGUAGGAAUUUAUAGUAGUAGCUUGUUGCAUCUUUGCAGACUGACAAGCACUGAAUGAUAGAAACCCAAAGUAGCUAGAAAAUACCUAUAUUUAUUUAUGGGAACAAUUACAGAAUAUGAUUAGAAACUUAAUUUGUAUAAACUACUGUUGCCUUAGUAGGAAUUCUGACUUAAAAGUAUUGGUUUCAUGUAAGGACUAGUAAAUGCAUGCUUUAAAUUGGGCAUAAAAAUUCGUUGUAAUAGCUAUUUCCCAAUAAAAGUGUGUGUGUGUGUGUGUGUGUGUGUGUGUGUGUGUGUGUGUGUGCGCGCGCGUG